AGCGUCUGCUUUUCUUUUUUUAUGUGAGCAGAUAGAAGCGUUCAGGGAGAUCUGGAGUCGUGCGUCACAUUUUAGAAAGUUUAUGCCGGAAUUUGUGACGAUUUUGAAGCAAAUGGACAUAAACCGCAGGUACGGUACACUUAACACACAAAAACACAACAUUACCAAAUUUCUCAUUACUUAAUUUGCACGUCAAGCGGCGGACACACGAGUCACGACCUCGUGUGUGUGUGUGCAUGUAUGUAUGCAUACAUGUAUGCAUGCAUGUAUGUAUGUAUAAAUCGGAACCCAUUGUCGCAAGAACAUGUUGUUUUGAUCCCACACAACACGGAAGUGACGCUGGAGCUGUGGAUUCGGCGCUUGUGUUCAUGGACGUUGCGAAGUGUUAUUAAAAGCGGUCCUUGUUUACAGACACUUUUGUAAAUACAGUUCUACAAAGAGCUCCCCCUGUUACACAAGACAGGACGACCAGCUACCCCCCCACAUCAAACCAGUUGGCGUUUUUAUUAGAGCGCCGACGAUGCAAGCAGUCUGUGAAACGAAAGAGAUGGACAUCUGCAGCUCCUCCGCGUCUCUCCUGCAAGAGGAGCUCGCCUCCGCUAUCGAGCCCGCGGUGAAAGCGGCUGUGCUGAGCGUCAUGUCUGCCUUAGCAAAGUUCGUGGACAGCAAGUGCGCGGUUUUCCACCUCAGACUGGACGAGAGAGACCAUGAAUUUGAAAGCGUGCGAUUGCGCUUGGAGAUAGCGGAGAGCGAGUUGAAAGCAAUACGGGAAGGAGAAUGCAUGAACGCCGCCGAUCAGAUCUUUGCACACCCUCUCACAAACACUAAAACACAAAACUCCGGCAGCGACAGUAUUAUUGCUCACGGCCUGCCAGCCCCCCCUGCACGGGUUUGCUCCACUGCACCGGUCCAGCCAGUCCGGGACCCGGUGCCUGCAGUCCACACCGCACCGAAAAACUCCCGGGUUAUAAUCUGUCCAGAACUGCUUGUUCAAGGUGGUGACUGUGAACAGAUGGGUCACGCAAGCGGAGCGGCAUGGAGAACAGUGGAAGGUCCUGCAGAGAGAGAUGCUCUCCCUCACGCUGAGGAAGGGUCGAAGGCAGAAUCAGCUCCCAUUCAAGAGGAGCUCUUUGACCAGGAAUGGUGCAGGAGUCCAAAGCAGGCUACAGAGCUGACAUCUAUUGAAGGGAAGGAGGAGGAAGCUGGACUAGAUCCUGUCCACAUUAAAGAGGAGAUCCCUGAACUGGAUCCUGUCUGCAUUAAUGAAGAGAUCCCUGGAAUCGAGUCGGUCAUCAUUAAAGAUGAGGUCCUUGAACUUGAAUCUGACCCCGUUGAAGAGGGGGGUUCUGACCGCUUUGAAAGACGGCAGCAGAUUCAAACUGGACAAAAACCGUAUCGCUGCCCUGAUUGUGGGAAGCGUUUCAGUACGUCGACAGAGCUGAAAAGACACCACCGAAUUCACACCGGAGAGAAGCCGUAUCAUUGUAAUGCAUGUGGAAUGAGUUUCAGUACUUCAGGAGACCUGAAAAGACACCAGCGAAUUCACACAGGAGAGAAGCCGUAUCGCUGCACUGAGUGUGGGAAGAGUUUCACUCAGCUUGGAACGCUGACAUUACACCUGCGAAUUCACACCGGAGAGAAACCAUACGGUUGCACUGCAUGUGGGAAGAGUUUCAAACAGCUACAGCACCUUAAAAAACACCUACAAAUUCACAUGAGAGAGAGAUUGUGACCUGUUUACUGGAACUGAAUGAGGGUGAACUAGAUGCGCUGGAUAGUUUGACAAAUGUUGAAUGUGAAUCAGGGCCACCUAAUACUGCUGUCUGGAAGAAGUGUUGGACUGUCUGUUCAGGACUGUGGAGUUUGUAUUGAAAAUCAGAAGUAUAUAAUCAUCGGCUCUUCACACAUAGGUUACCGAUUUUGUUAAAAUGUUAUCGAUUUACUACCAAUACAGAGAGUAUCAUUUAACAGGCGCAUUACAAGUUUUGCAUCACUCCCUAUAGAAUUAAUAAUGUUGCUGACAUAUUGAAAUUGUAUAUCGCUUUGUAGUUAACCAAAAAUUGAAAAAUGUGAUAUUUCAAAAUCUAACAUGAAAUACUGUACUACUAUUGUAGUUAGUUGAAUUAUGAAUAUUCUACUAGGUGAUGCAAAGCCUUUGGCCAUAUAUGUGAAUUAUGUUUGAGUACAUAGCCUACUGUGUGGUACUGACAACUACUGUCUGUCUCAUGCGUUAUCAGAUGCAAAACCAACAUUUUUCCAGGUUAAAGGAAGAAUACAAAUCUCACCCAGCUGUUAGUAGCACAUGUAUAGCAGUUUGUACACCACUGCAUUUGGGGUGUGCCUGUUUUCAAAGAGAGUAUGAUUAUAUAUUUUGGGAUACCAACAUAUUAGCAAGCAGUGAGAGGGGGAUUACAUGGGCUAAGAGCCCCAGCCCUGAACACCACAGACUUGAAGGGGAGGUGCCUCUUCACCCUGCCUAAUUGAGUGGAGUGUGAGGGAGGGCGAGUGCACUGUGUUCCUCUACCUGCAAUCAUGUUGGUGUGGAUGCCUCUCUCACUACAGGCCCAUAUCGUUGGACUGAAUCCAUGAAGGAUUUUCUUUUGGUCAACAGACCUGUAAAGACACCAGCGGAUUUGCACAAGAGGGAAAUUGUAUUGCUAAAAUGAGUGAGGAAGAGUUUCAUUCAGUCAGAAACAUUGAUAAUCCACCAGCAUAUUCACGCAGGAGAGAGAUGGUUUCCUUGCACUGCAUGUAGGAAGGGUUUCUUGUGGGCUGGAGGGCUUAAAUACUUAAAUAGGGCUUAAGUCUAUAGAGAAGUUGUGGUGCUGCACUGAAUACAGAGAAAGCACACGGUUCAGCCACAUCGCAGGAAGACGGGAGUGGCUUUAUUAGGUGCAUGAUAGUCUGUGCCAGACUGCUUGGUCCAUUAAUGUCUGAAACAGGCACAUCAAGGACUACUGUGUCUUGUGUCUUAAAGACUAUACAGUGACCUGGUUUUGCAUAUAGACCUUUGUUUCUUUUUCCCACAUUCCAGGUUGUGAUAGGCAGAGCUGUUCAUGAGGGAAGUUUCUGUCUCAAUGUGAAUGUGUCACGAGUAAUGGACCAUAUUUAUUAAGCUUUGUUUAAACAUUGUGUGAGGAACUCAGCCAGCCAGCCAGCAGCAGUCUAGUCUCAAUAUCUAUCAGACUCUUUCAUCGUUUUUCCCUAAACUAGAAAGCUAGCAUACACUGAAAACAAAGCGCACUUAGUAAUAAUAUUCUAAUAGAUGUGUAGUAGGGUGUCAGAGGAUUGGUUUAGCUGUUUUUUUAGGUACUUUACAGUUUAAACCCUGUGUUCCCUAAACAGAAGUUAAUCUUUAUAAAUGUGUAGUGUGAGUGACAGCAGGCUUUACUACCAGCUCUGUUAAUGAUAGAAGAAGAUGAUGCAGGUCUACAGAGCAUCAUUUUAAAAGGCUCUGCUUUAUGUGUCAUAGUUAUGAAAACCAAACCAUUAACCAAGCAUGAGGGUGUCUUCAGAGAAUCUCUCUGUACAACCAUGGAAAACCUCAUAUCUCAGCAACAGCAAAAUACAUUAACUGCUCAGCUAACACAACUGGUAUAUUGUAUUCUGUGAUCGUGUCAAUAAACUGAAUUACAAGUGGUGAUCUUUAGAAAUGAACUGUUUCGGUGCCACAUUUGUUAAUCCCUGAACAUGUUUACAAAUGAUUUAAUCUGAUAUGAAACACCCCGGAUACAUGUGUCGUGUGGGAAAGCAGUUCUCUCACUGCUGUCAUUAUCUCUAAAGGAGGGACCGCUGGAGCCAGCCUCACUGUUCUGGGGAAUUCCUUACAUUUUAUUUGUAAACAGACAAUGC